AAAUUAUCGUAAUGUUCGUCUGAGAAAUAAUUGCAUACUGCUAGCGAGCAAUUAGAUCUACAUUUGAGAUGGUUACCUAAAAAGACUAUGAACUCAUUUUUUACAGAAACACCUUCGACAGGGUUGGUGAUGUUGGUGAAAUUCCAUCGAGAUCGACAACCAUUCAAAUAUUAAUCGGAAUCGUGAUUUCCUUUAUUUACAUACUGUAUCGUCUGUUUAUUUACAAAGACCAAUGGCUGGAAAUAGUUCGACUUUCCGUGUAGAUUUGCUGUUACAUAGUCUGAAAGAAAUACAGCAAGAAAAAAACUGCCUGGAACAUAAGCUGGCCGAGAGAAGAAGUCGGAGGAGAGAAUUGGAAAAUCUACUAGAUAUAGAGAACAAUAAAUUCACUCAGAUGAAGGAAGGUCAUGAAAAAUUACAAGAAACCAUGAAGGUUGCUCAGUUAAAAGAGACACAGACACAGUCGAUGGCAAAUAGACUAGAAGAAUCCAAUCAACAAAAGAGAAAGAACAUUGAUGAAUUGAACAGAAAAUUGUCAGCAGAAAAAGAAAAACAGCUGCAGAAUGUAGAAAACUUCGAGAAGGAGUUAGCCGACAUUGCCAAUCAGCUCAUGAAUGCUAGAACAUUUUAUGAUGACUCCUCUUUGAACAAAGGAAUUAGUGAGACAGAAUUUUACAAAUCUGAAUUACAGAACAAAGUGGAAAACUGUCAACAAGAACAUUUCGACCUCCAGCAACGACUUCAGACCUUGUCAAUUAACGACAGAAUUACAGACCUACCAGACAUUCCAAUGGAACUACGAAAAGAAAUUUGGGCUUUGUUUAAGGAUGAAAACACGGAUGCUAAAGAUCUCUUGAAAAGGAAAAAAGAAUCACUACAACAAAUCAGUCAGAAGUUGACAACUUUGAAAGCAUAAAUUUUAUCCUCAUUCUAAAGAAUCGAGUUCAAUACUAUAUUUGAUGUGCAAAGUGACUGUUGUGAUUCAUUUGUACAUAUUUUUCAGCCCUUCAGUGGUUAGUCAUUAAUUUGUAUCGAUGCAGUCAUCAAUAGUAUUUGAGGACCUAGUUGAAUGACAAGUUAAAAUAUGUACUACAUGAUUACUCUUUUUAUUCACUUUUAAAAUGUAUUCAUUAUAUACAAAAACUUCAUAAACACAGUUCUGUGCUGUUUUCAAUGUUAUACUGUUAAAACGUUUCUUUGGACGGAUUUUUCAUCCUUUUCUCAACACAAUAAAUAUAUCCAGAAAAUUUUGUUUUCUGUUAUGUUUAUAAAAAAAAAACUCCCUGUAUUCAGGGCACAUUGAUAAU